AUGCCUGCGAAGGACCCAUUGCUGAACAUCUGUAUGGAUGCCAAACACCACAAAACCAAGCCUGGCCCAGAGGGGAUGCUGCAUGACCAGUGUGCUCCCUGGAAGGACAACGCCUGCUGCACAGCCAACACCAGUUCAGAAGCCCACAAGGACCAAUCCAACCUGUACAACUUCAACUGGAACCAUUGUGGGCUGAUGCCACCCAAGUGCAAGCGCCACUUCAUCCAGGACACAUGCUUGUAUGAGUGCUCACCCAACCUGGGGCCCUGGAUUGACCAGGCUGACAGCAGCUGGCGUCGGGAGAGGAUUCUUCAUGUGCCACUCUGCAAAGAGGACUGUGAGGAGUGGUGGGAGGAUUGCAAGGACUACGUCACCUGCAAAGAGAACUGGCACAAGGGCUGGAACUGGGCAACAGGAACAAACCGCUGUCCUUGGGGCUCCAUGUGCAGACCCUUCAGCCACGUCUUCCCCCGACCAAAAGACCUGUGUGAGAAAAUCUGGUCCAACUCUUACAAAUACACCACAGAGCACCGGGGCAGCGGACGCUGCAUCCAGAUGUGGUUUGACCCUGCCCAGGGAAACCCCAAUGUGGUCGUGGCGAAGUACUAUGCAGCUCCUGCUGUCUAUGCAGGUUCUGGUCAGCUCUGCCACUGUUGCCAGGAUAGGCAGGAUCAGGCUGGUGUCCUGGGCUGCUCCAGGUUGCUCCGCAACCAUUCCUCCACUUCUGGAAUUAAGGAUUACUGUCUGCAUCAGGACCUGAUCAAGCUGGUGUGUAUAGACAUCACAUUCAAUAACUGGGCCAUUCUGAGCAUCACAUCCCAGAGGGAGCGUCUCAAGGCUUUGAACAACUGCCUGUCCUGUAUCCUGGCAGUCCUGAUCCUGGUUGUCUUGUCCAUGGUUCACUGGUAUGGCAAGCAUGCUUCCCCUCUCAUUCACAUCAUCAUGGACAAUGUCUACCUGCUGCCCCCCUCCCCUAUGCUGAACCCCAUCAUCUACAGCAUAAAAACUAAACAGAUGCACAGGAUCUGCCUUUCAGAGGCAGCUCUGCCUGAGAUGGAGACAGCAACACCUGACCAAGGAGGAGUUGAGGGGAUGGGAUGA